UGGUGUCAGUGUUUGUUUUUUGAUACUGUCAAAGAGUCUGGUCUGUUUCGAAAGAGAGCUUGAGUCGGCAUUUGCGAUGCGGAUGUCGAAGGAAAACUUUGCGGAGUUGAAUUUGUAGAGUUUGUUGAGCUUGCAAUCGGAGGGAAGUUUAGUUAAGAAAAUAGCCAUUGGCUGGUAGGGAAGUGUAGGCGUUCAAAUCGGCCAUAGGCAAGCAAACCCAAUGUGAGACAGGAAAGGAUUUUCAGGAAUUAGGGUUUAGGACGCUGCUGUUUUUUUGUCUGAUCUGUGCUCUUUAGGGUGGAGUCGACGAUGGCGGAAGGUAAGAUUCGGCGUCGCAGUGGCAGUGCCAAGCCUGAUUCCACUCACCAGCAGGAUCCUGCAGCUGGUGUGGACGACGAUGUCGUUCGUAAUGCGCCCGUGCUCACCAUAAAAUGGACCAAGCUCGCCAUUCUGGCGUUGUUCCUGCUCACGCCGUACCUGUCUUUGCUUUAUUUGCUUCCUAUCGAGCGUGGCCUGAUGCGCUCCAUUCUCAUCAACCUCGCCAUGAGUGUCGUCGGAUUCGGCGGCACGAUUCUGCUCAUUCCUGUCGCUUCCAAGUAUGUUCUUCGGCGUAAUAUGUUUGGCUACGAUAUCAACAAGCGCGGCUCGGCUGCCGGGAAGGUCAAAGUGCCGGAGUCGUUGGGAUUGGUGUCGGGCAUUGUGUUUUUGGUGGUGGCAAUUCUGUUUCAACAUUUUAUCUUCAGCCAAGAGAACAGCAUCUCCGAUUCCUAUCCGCCUGAAAAUGCUUGGUUGACAGAGUACUACGCAGCACUGGCGAGCAUUUGCUUCAUGAUCUUCCUGGGCUUCGUUGAUGACGUUUUAGACAUCCCAUGGCGUGUCAAACUGUUUCUCCCAUCAAUUGCAGCCCUUCCCUUGUUAAUGGCGUAUGCUGGGAGGACCAACAUUGUUAUUCCAAAACCUUUACGCCCCACUUUAGGGUUUAACGAACUGGAUCUGGGCUGGAUAUACAAACUGUACAUGGGACUGCUCGCUGUUUUCUGCACCAACUCAAUUAAUAUUUUGGCUGGUGUGAAUGGAUUGGAAGUGGGUCAGACUGUCAUCAUUUCGUGCGCAGUGUUGAUACACAAUGUGAUGCAAAUAUCCCGCAGUGAAGAGACCAGACAUGCUCAUGCCUUCUCCUUGUAUAUUAUGCAACCAUUUGUUGCAACUUCUCUUGGAUUACUGGCUUUUAACUGGUAUCCUUCAUCAGUGUUUGUUGGUGAUACGUACACCUAUUUUGCGGGAAUGGCUUUGGCAGUAGUAGGCAUCCUUGGUCACUUCAGUGAGACAAUGUUGUUAUUCUUUCUGCCCCAGAUUCUUAACUUCCUAUAUUCCAUUCCUCAGUUGUUCAAGAUUGUGCCCUGCCCACGACAUCGAUUACCAAGCUUCGAUCCACACUCGGGGCUUCUUAUCGGCUCCAAUGACAUGAAUCUUGUCAAUCUCUUUUUGCGUUGGUUUGGGCGUUGCUCUGAGCAACAGCUUUGUAUACGGCUGUUGAUUUUCCAGGUAUUGUGCUGUGGGUUCUGUUUCGGGCUUCGAUACCUAAUGGCUGGCUGGUACAAAUGACGGCAAUUUUGAGAGCAUGACUUGUGUAGUCGGUCCAAUGUAAGGACUAAUUUGUUAACAGAGACUGAGAGUGAGGUAUCCGUCAAGUGUACAACCAGAUUCAAAACACUUCAAAAUAAUAUCCAUUUAGAGCAGAAUGUUUUGUUAGAAACCUUAUCAACACUGCACCUGCCGGGAAAGUUAUGCUGUUAGUUGCUUCAGCUCUGACAUAUUCCUUUCCAGAAGCAUCUAUACAAACCUUUUCUGGCGAUGGUGGGUUCUUCCUACCGUUAUUGGUAAUCUUUCUGUGCCAGUAUCAAUUUGAUGCCAAGCAGAUCCCGAGAUUUGCAUAAGAGUUUCAUAGGUUUGCGUAUUA